CGGGGGAGACGCGGCGGCGGCAUUGCCGCCGCAUCGUGCGGUUUAAAACGAGGAAUGUGUUUGGGGGAGGCGAGAGAGAGAGAUGUUAGCGGUGGGGCGUGUGGGCGAGUGAGGCCGCGCGACGCCGGUUUUUUGCGGAUCCGCGGAUUCCGCGCCGGGUUUCGCGAUCCGCAUUUUCGGUGAAGGAGUGGUGGAUGAUGAUGGUGGUGGUGGUGAGUGGGGGGGGGAGUCGCUUCGGGUUCGUGAUGAAAACAACGCGCGCCGCCCGGCUUUGCAGUUUUAGCGGCAGCGAUAACAAACAGCCCCCCUCACUAACACUUUAAACAGCGAUACUUGCGGCGGCGGUGGCGGCGACGCGAGAGAGAGAGAAAAGUACUUGUCCGUGCGUUUCGAUACCUCAUCUAAUACGGAUACUUUUGAGGGGGUGGUGGUGGUGGUUUGGGGGGCGGCGGCGUUCGUUCGUUCAUCGUAGAGAACCGGGGUGGUUGUGUUUUUUAAAGCAAUCUUGCGGCGCAAGCGACGACUUUAGUUGUGUUCGUGUGUAUGUGUGUGUGUGUACACCGGUGCACGCCGCGUGUGUGUGUGUCGGUGCGUACGGGUCCGCGUGGAGGCCGGGUUAGUAGUCUUCGUUUUUAGCGGGAGGAGGAGGAGGUGGUGGUGGAGGGGUGGGUGGGGAGGAGCCCCCCCCCCACACCUCACUCAGUAUAAAAUAUAUUAGUUUGUUUUUUUGCUCUCGGACAACGCACGUGUUUUCUUUUUAAAUACCAGCAAAAAGGCACGAGAUCAACAACAACAACAACAACCUAUAAUAACAACUACAAGUAAGCUAAAUAGAUAUCAAAUUCCUCGCCAGCAAUCAAAAUUUGUUUUAAAUUAUAGUUCGCCCGGGGUGGGGGGGCGUAGGGAUUCUUCCCGUUGCUGAUCCCACCACCACUACCACAACCACUACCACCACAACCACCACAAUCACAACCACCACCACUACCAUCACCAUAACCACCACCACAAUGAGCUCGGCACGACACGGCAGGGCCCCGACUCCGUCUCACCCGGGCGCAGUCGGCAUCGCCGGGGCCGGCGGUGGCCGUCCUCCCUCUUGCCCCGUCGGGGUCAAGGUCGAGGUCACGUCACGAGGAGUCGACGAUCCGGGCUCGGAGCCGGGCGGUGGUGACGGCUGCCGCAACGGAGAUUCCGGCUUCCCGGGUCGUCGCAAGAUCUCCCUGCUGAACGGCUUCGAUUCGCCCGAGCUCAUGGAGACGAGGGAGAGCCCUCGUGGCAAGGAACCGGCCGACGACGCAAGCGGCGCGGAUGCCGCCGAACCGAUCGCCGACGGCCAGCCGCCCACGAAGCCAAGCCUGGGAGCGGACGGAUGGGGGAGAGCUGUGUCCUCCAGCAUCGACGUCCCCAAGUCCAGGACCGGGUGGAAUGAGCCCAAGAUGGACCACGUGAUGGCCGCAAUGGUGCUGACCAGCCUGUCCUCCAGCUGCCCUACCGCGUCACCGGGGUCCCUCACCAUGCCGGCCUUCAAUGCCCCGGAUGCACCCCUCCCCUCGGAGCCAGCCCCCAAGUUCUUCUGUGCCAGCUCCUGGCCCGAGCACGAUGCCACGUCUGUGAGCUGCGGCGGCAGUGACGACGGCAGAGGCGGCGGCGCUUCCUGCGUGGCCGAGUGCGGUUGGGACGCGUCCAGCACCGACCGCCGCUCCCAGCCGUCCACGCCGUCGCCAAAGCCGCUGGCUCUUGAUGCGAUCCUGCCCUUCCGUUUCGAGUCCGGGUCCUCCGAGCAGCGCGGAGAUGACGACCUGACCGCCGGGCGGCAGCAGCAACCGCAGCAGCAACCGCAGCAGCAACCGCAGCGGCAGCAGCAGCCUCCGCAGCAACAGCGCCAACGCGUGAAACACGAGGCUGAUAUGGCUGGCAGGUGCCGUGGCCAGCCGCAGCCGCCACCGCCGCCGCCACCGUCAUUUCUUGCCACAUCUGGCGCGGCGGGGAAAUGUGCGGCGCACGGAGCCGUGGUCGCUUCGUUCGCUCGGCCGGCGUUAAAAGCAAAGGAGCCCAAGGCCGCGUCCAAAACGUUCUUCAACGGCUCGCAGGCGCGCGGCAUUAGCGGCACGCUCCCAGCACGCUUGCCUCCGUCGAGUGAGCACGCCGCACCGCCGCCGCUGCCCGCCUGCCAGGCCGACAGCACAUGGGAAGCUCGGGGCGCUGGCGGUACCGCCACCGCCGGCGGUGGGGGCCAGCCCCCCCCCGUGUUCCUGUGCGGCGCUGCAAGGGGGGGCGGCGCCGACGGCGUCUCGGGCGGCGGCGCCGGCUUCCGAGUGGCGAACGUGAGGAUCAGCGAGGACGGAGACAUGGAGGGGGGCUCGUUUUUGGAUGAGCCCUCGCCCAGGAAGAGAAAGAACUCGUUGAAGGUGAUGUUCCAGUGCAUGUGGCCCAACUGCGAGAAGGUCCUGAGCACCGCGUCGGGGAUGCAAAGACACAUUCGCCGACUGCAUCUUGGCCGCAACAGCGACUCGGACCUGAGCGACGGCGAGGAGGACUUCUACUACUCGGAGAUGGAGGUGAACAUGGACUCGCUGACGGACGGACUCAGCAGCCUGGCGCCCGUGUCCCCCACGGCGGUGAUAGCGCCGCCCGUUUUCCCUGCGCCGUCGCCGCCGCCGCCGCCGCCGCCACUACACCCGUCGGGGGUGUGCCGCUCGCACAGUAUGGCCGGCAAGAGGGAGCCGCACCCUCCCACGCAACUCAGCCGCUCGGCGCCCACCAGCUUCUGGCAUCCGGUGCACACGGACCACGCCUACCAGGCUUGCGGGCCACUCCUUGACACCAUGUCUCCGCCAGGCGCCGGUACCACAUUUGGAACGUUGAGGCUGCAGCUGGAAGGUGCCACGGCUGCGUGCGACGCGUCGGGGUUCCCGAUGCGCGUACGCACGCUCAGCAGCUCGGAGCACCGGCCCCCCGGCACCCCUGGCGCUGCCGCCUGCCGUCUACACGCGUCGCUCUCGCCGUCGCCCAAGUCGCUCGCCCCCGGCCGGAAAAGCCGCGGGGAGGCCAAGAAGUGCCGCAAGGUGUACGGCAUGGAGAACAAGGACAUGUGGUGCACCGCGUGUCGCUGGAAGAAAGCCUGCCAGCGGUUCAAUGACUGAGCUCCGAAAGCCCUCUUCCUUCCAACACUUUGGCACCCACCAUCCCCUACGCCCCCACCCACCCACAUACUCCAGGCGUUCGGCUCGGUGUGUUUCGAUCGGUCGCAGGUUUACCGAGACUCUCGUUUUUGCCCUGGCAUUAUUACGAUCGUCCCUCGUUGGUCUGCGUCCACCCUUUUGCACUAUGGAUGCUUGAGGUGAGGUGGGAGAAUGAAACUUAAAAAAACAAUGCUGGCGACACUUUUCUGUGGGAGAGCUCGGGGGCGCGCGCGCGCUGUGGUUAUUGUUUUUGUAAUUCACGGAAUCGGACGGCGGGUUUGUACUGGAACGACGCGACUCGCUCCCGACACAGUCGUCACUCGAAACCUCCAGCAAAAAGUACACAACGUAAAUUUCUGCCCCUUUUUAAAUUUCCUUCGAAAGUGGUCAACGUGGCUGCUCAAGCUUGGCACGCGACCGCCACCGGAAAUUCUCAGCCCCGUUUGCCGAGGACGAUAGCCUACAGUUCCCCCCGCCUCCCCUCUCGCUCCAUCUUCCUUGUGAGCCUCUGCGGCCGAGGCUCGCGUUGGGUUUGCCAUGCCGGUAGUUUUACGAGGAGAGAGAAACGUUAUUCUCCAUUGCCUGUUCCCUUGGCGCCAACCCUGCACGUCUUCGCUGUGCAAAAGAAUAUACGCGAGCCCGUGCCCUUGUUGGGCACCUGAAUGUACGCUUGCGACAAAAGUCGAAGGGCGCGCAGCGGAGUGGAAUCCAGGAACCCCCGGGUAGGGCUUUUGAAGAAUCGUUAACUUUCUCAAGUUUUAAUUGCGUGUGGAUUAUUAUUUUUCUUCCCAUUCCUUGCGUCUCCAGCAGAGGCGCUGGGUAACGAAUCGUCGUGUGUCUUGCCGCACAGAAGCGUUCGUGCGCCACGGACAAAACCCUCGGUCCGAUUUUCUGGGCAGCCCGUGUCACGCAUCCCUUUUUGGCGCGCAUUGGCAAGAUCUUGGUGCUUACAUCGGUCACGCUUUUUUUUUUUUGCUUGCCCAAAUUGGCCCUUUGGAGACGGCAGGGAUAUCGUGAAGUCAAAGCGAGGUCAACUUGCACGGGGG